CGUGUUGAGGCUGGUGUUCAGGCGUGGAGGAGGCGGUGCGUUUCCUGCUUGCGGAGAGUUCUCUUGGAGCCUCUGCCUAGGCGGGAGGAGCUCUUCCUCGAUCGUCUCCGGGAGCGCCACAUCCCCUCGAACGGCCCGUCCUCCUCCUCUGGUGGCCAUGGAGACCCCUUCCCCUUUGGCCCCCGUGCCCCCUUCCCCAGGUUGCGCCCCAGCUGCCUCAUGCCCAGGCUCAGCUCCCAGGACCAUCCAAAUUGAGUUUCCCCAGCAUAGCUCCUCUCUUCUGGAGGCCCUAAACCGCCACCGUUUGGAAGGGAAGUUUUGUGAUGUGUCCCUCCAGGUGCAGGGCCGGGAGCUCCGGGCCCACAAGGCCGUGCUGGCUGCCGCCUCUCCUUAUUUUCAUGACAAACUACUUCUGGGGGAUGCACCAAGGCUCAUUCUGCCUAAUGUCAUCGAAGCAGAUGCCUUUGAGGGGCUGCUCCAGCUUAUCUACUCAGGGCGCUUGCGCCUGCCACUGGACGCUCUCCCUGCUCACCUCCUUGUUGCCAGCGGCCUUCAGAUGUGGCAGGUUGUGGAUCAGUGCUCUGAGAUCCUGAGGAAGCUCGGUGGGGGAACCUCAAACCACACCCUCCUCCUGUCUUCCUCAUCCUCCCCUGGGAUCUGGUGCUCCCGCCCAGCUCCAUCCCAGCCUCCCAUACAGCCCCUUGUACAGCCCUCUGUACAGCCCCCUGUACAACCCCUCGUACAGCCCCCUGUACAGCCCCUUACUCCCUCGGAGAGCCCUGUGGUAGGAAUGGGUGGUGAGCUGGGAGAGGUGCUGCAGAUUCAGGUGGAAGAAGAAGAGGAAGAAGAGGAGGAGGAAGAAGAGGAAGAAGAACAAAGAACCUUACCAGUAGUUCCUCAGACACAAACCCAAAGAGUGGCAGGAGUAGCCCCUCUUCUUUGUGCCCCCACUACACUGCUUGUUUCUACCACCACUCGAAGGUUACCAGAUGGUGAAGGAGCACCAGUUGAAGCUCUCACCCCUCCCGCCCCAUUGCCCCCAAAAAUCAUCUACAUUAAGCAAGAGAAAGUUGAGACUGAGGAAGAAGUGGUUGUGGGUGGGGCCCAGCCUGGGGGAGGAAUGGAAGAGUCCAGAGGAGGAUUUUCUGGUGGGGGCACUGGAACAGGAGGAGGGGAUCUUGUAUUCCUGCUGCCCCCCAGUGCAGGGGGAACUUCCAAUGGAGGUGGCCCAUCCUGGAAACCAGUAGAUCUCCACGGGAAUGAAAUUUUGUCUGGGGGUGCUGGACCAGGAGGGACAGGACAAGCUGUGCACGGGCCAGUAAAGCUAGGGGGAGCACCACCCCCUGAUGGCAAACGCUUUGGCUGCUUGUGUGGAAAGAGGUUUGCAGUGAAGCCAAAACGUGACCGCCACAUCAUGCUGACCUUCAGUCUUAGGCCUUUUGGCUGUGGUGUCUGCAACAAACGCUUCAAACUCAAACAUCAUCUGACUGAGCACAUGAAGACACAUGCUGGAGCCCUGCAUGCCUGUCCCCACUGUAGUCGGCGGUUCCGUGUCCAUGCCUGUUUCCUUCGGCACCGAGAGCUCUGUAAGGGCCAAGGCUGGGCCACUGCUCAUUGGACAUACAAGUGAUGACUAAAGUCAGACACAGACUCUUAAAAUAAUCAGACAACUUAAUGAUGAACUUCCUUAUGGGAGGCUCAGUGACCAUUGAUCCUAGGUGCAAGUGUUAGGGUGGAUUGCCUUAACGGUUGGUUACUUCUAUAUUUUUAUUCCAGGAUGUAGCCCUCAUCCUGUCGAGUCUGGAAAUCCACUUUUCUUAAGUCACCGGGAAGAUGAUCUAAGUCAGGCUACAGGGAAAUUGAUUCUUGCAUAUCAGAAUGCCUAUUAUAUUUUCCUGGAAAAUUUCCCUCACUUGAGAACUGACACAAUUUGGGCACCUUCUUCCUUAUGAGGAUGCUGGAAACUCAAUUUCAGUUUGGAAAAGAUCCAUACAAAGGAGUGGUCUUAAGGAAAUGUUUAACUUGGUUUGUAUUGGAACUUAAAUGAUUCUUAUUCUACAGAUAAAUGUAUCUGAGGAACUAAAUUCCGGCAUUCAGGAAUUGAUCUGUUACCCACUAGUUUGACCCACCGUUGGAUAGAAUAAGCAAGGCCUUUCCCUCCAACCUAUGCUUUGUUUUGUAGCAGAUUCUCCACUGUUCAGUUUACAUGAUCUUUUGUCACCAUGACCCACUUUUGGAAUUAGACUUUAUAUUUGAGACGGACUGGUUCCCACUCAUUUCACUCAUGAUACCAUUAUUCUUAGUCUAAGGAUAUCUCCUUGAUAACCCAUUUACCCAGGGCUUACUUUCUGUAACACUGAUGUGUACAGUCCUGGAGAAUGUAGUUAUAAUGACAAGUGAUCAUACUGACUGGAAUGUGACAACCAUUGAUCUAGGACAUGAAUGCUUACCUCAUUUUUUUUUUAGUAAUCUGAACCACUACAUACAGAACAUGUAGAGAUGACUAUGUUUAUUUAGAAGGACCCAAGGGUUGGGGUCAUAUGGCAUUGGGGUCAAUGGCAUGUGGCAUUACCCCACACACCAACUACACACAACUGAAACAUCAGGGUACUUUAUUACUUCAAAUAAAUACAUCCAAGGACUAGUGGACAUGAUCAUAUGGCUACAUAUGACACCAGACUUGGAGUGACUAGCUAAUGGGUGAAAGAUUAAGGAGUUAAAUAUUAAAUAGCUUAGACAUGGGGAUAGUAUAUGAAUGUGUCUAGUUAUUUUCCAUCCCUUAUGUAGGGAAGGUGUGAACCAACACUGUGCUUCAAUUGCAAUUGUAUUGUCUAAAUGCUUAGAAAAGGUCUCCCUUUUUAUAAACCAGGUAUUGUUCACCUAGCACCUCUGGACCUAUUUGUUUCUCUGUAAAAUGAAGGGAUUGGACUGGAUUGAUUUCCCAAUACAGGUCGGUGUUAAAUUUUUUUUAACAGUUUAUAAAUUUUUGCUAAGAAAGGUUCUUAAAAUUUCUAAGGUUAAAAAACUUGAGUUUUCCCUUCAUCCUGCUCAUAUUCAUUUCUUCAAGUCCCCUGACUUUAAGUUCUGGAGAACCAUUACAGUGAAGCUGUUUUAGAAAAUUCUGUCAAUCUACAGCAGGUUGGGUUGAAGCACUCUGGACUUGAAUUCUAACAUCCCUUAGUCUAACAUUGAAUCCUAGAAACCCUGCCUGAAGGAGUAUGGAGAAUAAAGAUGAGAGGUCCAUCUAGUCUUUCUACCACUCACUUCAGCUGACUCAAGUUCAAAAAGUAAAAACAUCGAAUAUAGUAGCAUCUUCACCAGAGAGUGAGCAAAGGCCAGAAGAGCAGACAGGCUGUAGUCAAUUUUGUUAUUGUGCUGUCUGUUUGAAUGAAACAAUAAAAUAUUCUGGAUCAUAAUUAACAAA